AUGACAAAUUCGCCGACACCAACACGCGCGCUCAACACCAGACGCUUCCGCAUCCGCAUGCGCAUCCGCCCUCGUGUCCGUGUGUCGUUGUCGCGGCGGACGCUCCUGUCGAGGGCAGAUCCUCCUGUCGGCGGCAGAAUCUUCCGUCGACGGCGAACCCUGCCGGAGGGCGGACCCUUUCGGCGGCGACCCCUACCGACGCGGCCGAUUCCAAGCGCUUCCGCAUCCCGCACUGCCGUGACCAUGCGGGGCUGGGGUGUCGAGGCGGACCUGUCGGCGGCGACUCCUCCUGUCGUCGGCGGCGGACCCGCAUUCCACCGUGCCCGUGCUUGUCGCGGCGACAGUGGCGGCCGUCUCAAGCUCACGCGUCAGUGCCCGAGCUAA